AUGUCUCCAACUCCGACAUCAAAAGAAAUUGUUUCCGAGCGAAUUGAGAGAUUGGGCAUCAUCGAAGAGCCAGGAACCUCAGAGAUUGUUCAAACCACUCAAGCAACCCCGCCAACAGCAACUCGAGGAUGGUUUCAGGCGAACACCACCCUGAUCAAGGUGCCGAGUCAUCGAACGAUUGAACAACUCGGUGCUAUUCUCGAGAAGGGCUCGACGAAGAAUUUAUCUGAAUCCCUUCGAUGCCUCUCAAAUCCAUAUCACGAGAAUCGCGGUCGAGAGGACAUCGUUUUCGAUCUAUUCAAGCUGAACGGCACAAACGAGGCGUCCAUUGGGAAAUUGAUUACGGUUCUGAAAGGACUCGGCUUGCGACGAGACGAUCCCCGACUCAAGGAAAUGAUGUUAAAGCUUCGUACAUUCACAAAACUUGAGGAGGAGUUGAAUCACGAGAUGCGUGAUCCAAAUCACUGGAAACUCCCGAAGGAUCAAUUCAUUGAAUGCAUUUCCCCAUCAACCGCAUUGAUCUCUCAAGCUCUGCAGAACAAUCUCGUCAUCCCAUGUUGGCCGAUUUUCACCGAAAAGAUCAAGAACAUUUAUCUAAUGUGCAAGGAGGUUCGUGACGGUCAAUGCGCUCAGUACAUCCCUCAGCUGGCGAGGGGCGAUCCGGAGAAGUUCGGUGUUUCAAUUUGCACCGUCGACGGGCAAAAGGCGUCUUGGGGCGACUCGAAGAUUCCAUUUUGCGUGCAAUCGGUGAGCAAAGCGUUCAACUACGCGAUCGCCGCCUCAGAAUUGGGAGCCAACUUUGUGCACGACUACGUGGGACAAGAGCCAUCGGGACGAUUCUUCAACGAGAUUUGCUUGGAUCCAAAUGGGAAACCCCACAAUCCGAUGGUGAAUUCUGGAGCAAUUGUGGUCACUUCAAUGAUACAGCCGAAACUCGACACAGCCGAUCGUUUCGAGCACGUGUUAACAGAAUACAGGAAAAUCGCUGGCGGAGAAUAUGUCGGUUUCAACAAUGCAACUUUUCUUUCCGAACGCUCGAGCGCCGAUCGGAAUCACGCGAUCGCCUACUUUUUGAAAGAAAACAAAUGUUUCCCGGAAGGAGUGGCCUCUUUGACAGAAACACUCGAUUUCUAUUUUCAAUUAUGCUCCCUUGAGGCAACUUGCGAGACGAUGAGUGUCAUGGCAGCUACAUUGGCGAAUGGAGGUGUUUGCCCGAUGACUGGCGAGCGGUGUAUCGCGCCUGGAGCUUGUCGUGAUGUCCUUUCAUUGAUGUAUUCUUGUGGCAUGUACGACGCAAGCGGGCAAUUCUCGUUCUCGGUGGGAUUGCCAGCGAAAUCUGGAGUCUCCGGGAUCAUGAUCGUGGUCGUGCCAAAUGUGAUGGGCAUCGCUCUCUGGUCACCACCGUUGGACAAAAUGGGAAACUCGUCGCGGGGAGUCGCUUUCUCAAAGGAAUUGGUCAAACAGUUCAAUUUCCACAACUACGACUGUUUACUGCACACGGAAAGCACAAAAUUCGAUCCGAGACGAAGGGAUACAAGAGAACGAGAUCAAUGUGUACCAGUACUUUUCGCGGCACGAGACGGGGAUAUGGCUGCGAUUAGGCGACUUUACAUGCAAGGUGCGGAUCUCUCAGUGAGUGACUAUGACCAACGAACACCGUUACAUUUGGCCGCAUGUGAGGGACAUUUGGAGAUGGUUAGAUUCCUCGUCUCAAUUGCCAAGGUUGACGCGACCGUGAAGGACAGAUGGGGACUCACCGCCACCGAUGACGCCCGGAAUUUCGGGCAGAUCACUUGCGUCGAAUUUCUCGAGGCUGCCACUCAGGGUCAAUCAAUUUCUCGUAAAUCGUCCUCCGAAGAUUUUUCCUUGUUUGACUCAUUCAACGACUCUCCGGUGAGCGACCCAUCGGAUAAAGCCCGAAAAUCACAUGAAAGGCCCCGUUUUGCAAUUGAUGAACAGCAGUGUGAU